AUGAGCUUUAACCAGAUAUCUUUGGAACAAGUAUUCUGUUAUUUCGACGAGAAUGGCGAUGGUCGAAUCUCUUCGGCUGAGCUCAGGUCUUGUAUGAGUGCCGGCGGUUAUGAUCUAUCCUUCGAGGAAGUUAGGGUUAUCAUCGAGUCGAUGGAUGGUAAUGGUGAUGGGCUUUUGAGGUUUCAGGACUUCAUCAAGUUGAUGGAGAGAGCAGAGGAAGGUGAUAGAGAGAUGAUAGAAGCCUUCAAGAUGUACGAGAAGGAAGACGAAGGAUGCAUAACCGCUAGAAGUUUAAAGAGGAUGCUAAGCAAGUUAGGUUAUUCUAGAAAUAUAGAAGUUUGCCAGGAAGUGAUUGAUAAAUUUGACAUCAACCAUGAUGGAGUGCUCAACUUCGAAGAGUUCAAGGGCCUUGAACAGAUAUCUCUAGAGCGGGUAUUUUGUUGCUUCGAUGAGAAUGGUGAUGGAAGGAUCUCUUCACCUGAGCUUAGGCCAUGUAUGAGUGUCGUCGGCUAUGAACUAUCCUUAGAUGAAGCGAGGGUCAUGAUAGAUUCAAUGGAUGCUAAUGGAGAUGGGUUGUUGAGUUUAGAGGAGUUCAUGAAGUUGAUAGAGAGGGAAGAAGAAGAUGUCCGAAUGAUGAUAGAAGCCUUUAAGAUGUAUCAGAUGGACAGUCAAAGCUGCAUUACUGCCAAGAGCCUGAAGAGAAUGCUAAGUAGAUUAGGCUAUUCUAGGAAUAUGGAGAUUUUCUAG